AUGGGGAAGAACUUUGAGGCUAUGGAGUGUCCUGAGGAGUAUCAAAAGAAGAUCACGGUGUACUAUUUGGAAGGCGACGCAACAGGAUGGUGGGACAGUAUAGACAGGCAGCGUGGACACACCAUCACAUCAUGGGAAUCGUUCAAGGGAGAGUUUGAGAGGAAGUAUUUUCCUCCAGAAGCGAAGCAUCGGUUAGAGCGCCAAUUCAUGAACCUUGUUCAAGGAGAUAUGCCCGUAGGGAGUUAUGAGUCGGAGUUCACAAGGUUGAGGCGACACGUUUUUGAUGGGCGUGAAGAUGAAGCAACUAUGAUCCGUAACUUUAUGUACGGAUUGAAGCCGGAGCUUGGAAGUCGUUUAGCUGGAAGCAACUUUAGCAGCUUAUCGGAUCUGGUGGAAAAAACUGUUAAUGUUGAGACUGUGUUAGAGGCGGAAAGGAAGAUUAUACAACAUUCUGGUGGACAUACCAAGUUUAGCCAAGGAGAAAGGCCGAAUUUCAACAAGGAUCCAAGAUCUAACAAAGGCAAAGGGCGAGGAUUUGGAGGCCAAGCCAACAAUCGUGGUAACACUGGAGUAUGUUACACAUGUGAUCAGCCGGGACAUAUUUCGAGGUUUUGUCCCAAAAAUCAGCGGAAUAACCAAUGGAGUAACCAGCAGGGUUAUUCAUCGCUGAGGAUGGAAGAUGUUACUUGUUUCUUCUGUGGAAGGAAGGGCCAUUAUGCAUCGUCAUGUCCAAACAAGCCAAUCCCUUCGACCUCUCUCGCGAUCCGAGCUCCUCCUAGCCGUCCAGCUAUUGUGCCAGCACCAAAGAAGCAAAACCUAGGAGGUAGAGUUUAUGCCUAA